CGUGAUGACACAAUAUUGGAACAAUUAAACCAACUCGUCUUGGCCGGAGAAGUGUUGUUAUUCGUGAAUUUCUUUUCCUGUGUUUACAAUGAACUGAAUUCAUCUGCGAGUCUAACAUCGAAAUAAUCCACAAUGGGGGAUCAUCCCAAGAUUAUGGUGUUCCGCCCAACUUGGGAAGAAUUCAAGGACUUUACCAAGUACAUUGAAUACAUAGAAUCACAAGGGGCUAACAAAGCUGGGUUGGCAAAGAUCAUACCCCCGAAAGAAUGGUGUCCCCGUAAAGAGGGCUAUGACCUGGAAAAACUUGAUAUGACUAUCCCAGCCCCCAUCUGCCAGGUUGUAACAGGGAAGCAAGGUCUCUACCAGCAGAUAAAUAUCCAGAAAAAAGCCAUGACUGUGCAGGAAUUUUACAAGAUGGCCAAUAAUGACAGGUACCGAACACCAAAGCAUUCAUCAUACGAGGACCUGGAGCGAAAGUAUUGGAAGAACAUUACCUACGUGUCUCCAAUUUAUGGAGCUGACGUGUCUGGUAGCAUAACUGACCCAGAUGUAAAGGAGUGGAACAUCAACAACCUGGGAACAAUAUUGGAUUAUGUCAAUGAAGAUUAUGGCAUUAGCAUAGAAGGAGUCAACACUGCAUACCUAUAUUUUGGAAUGUGGAAAACCACUUUUGCUUGGCAUACUGAAGACAUGGACUUGUACAGCAUAAACUACUUGCAUUUUGGAGCCCCCAAGACUUGGUAUGCUAUACCUCCGGAGCAUGGAAGAAGAUUGGAAAGGCUGGCCAAUGGUUUCUUCCCUAACUCAUUCAAGGCUUGCCCAGCCUAUCUUCGGCACAAAAUGUCCUUGAUGUCUCCACAGAUACUGAAGCAAUAUUCAAUACCAUUUAAUAAGAUCACACAGGAUGAGGGAGAAAUCAUGAUCACCUUCCCAUAUGGUUAUCAUGCAGGAUUUAACCAUGGCUUCAAUUGUGCCGAGUCCACCAAUUUUGCAAUGCCUCGUUGGGUGGAAUAUGGUAAACGUGCCACUCAGUGUCAGUGCAGAGGGGACAUGGUCAAGAUUUCCAUGGACACAUUUGUGAAGCGUUUCCAGCCUGAGCGUUAUGAACUUUGGUUGGCAGGCAAGGACAUUGGGCCUCACCCAGAGGACCCAACCCGCUCCACUGCCGCUGCACAACCUUCCAUUAAUGAUGUUCUGUGCAACAAGAAGAACGUCACACCUUCACCCCUGAUUGAACAGUUGCUCAAUCAGUCACCGAAGAAAAAGAAACCCAAACGACAUCCUAUCCACCAGAACAAGAAUGAGGAGGAGCUGAUCUUCACUGGAGAGGAGGUCGUGGAUGAGGAGCUGUCGCAGGUUCUUGAUGAUAUUUAUGCCAAAGCUGGGGAAUCCUGCUGGACAAACAGUGCAACAGCAUCACCUGAGCGGACCUCACCUGUCAAACGAAGCAUGCCUGGGACUUCAGGGGUUUAUUCUAAGAAGAAGAAGAAGCUGGAUGGUGAGAGAGUCGGCAUCCCUUCAGCCAUGGCCCUCUCCAGCUCUGGGUUGAAAAUUAGGGAGGAUGGUGCAGCUGAAUCAGACAAGGACAGGAAAGAGGAUCUCCAGCAUGAGCUGGGGCAGGUUCUCUCAGACAUUGAGGGCAUUAUCAGUUCGAAGCCGGAAGAGAAUUACCUGUCCCCCACACCCAUGUCCUUUGGCCCCUCAACAUCCAAGGUUGCCAAGACCCCCAAGGCUAGCAACUCCAGGAGACAGGGAAGCGCCUCCAAGACACCAAAGAGCAGAGGUCCCAGAACAUCCAAGACAAAUUUGAUCAAGUUGGGAAAAGCAGGUCACAUGCAAGUUCCCAAGAUCGACCAAGGUGCGAGGGGCAAAACACCAGUUGGGAAAACUCUGGUUUCUAUGGAAACCCUUCAUGAGAAGUUGCGAUUGGCUGGAACGACUGUCACAUUGCCUGCUGGAACUGAAGUGACAAAAUUAGGCAAAGUUCCAAAGAUUAGUGCUCAUACAAAGGAGCUCAAGAGUAUAGCCCCCAAACCAGUUGCUGUAGCACCAAAAGUAACCUCCACUGACUUGACUAAAAGGAAGGAAACUGCAGAAGUUUCUGGGAUACUUCUGCCAGUAUCUUCUUCAGUGGUAGUUCAGUAUCGCAGUCCAACUCGUGAAGGAAAUAGAGCAUUUAAACCAAAGAUGCCGCGCCAGAGAACUCCAAAUUUUGACAAAAAAAUUAUUCCCAGUCGAUCUGUAGUGAUUAGUGAUAUCCCAAAGAUAAUAUCCCAGAGUAAUCCUCAAGUUGCAGCUGAUAAAUUCAGAAGCUUGCCACAAAAUCUCAGUAAAGCCUCUGCAGAUGAGAUGGCCAGAAAGGGGAUUAAUCCCUUAAGAAUUGUCAGGCUUCAGAAUAGUCCAGGUGAGAUUGUUUGUACACCAGAUCUAUCAGGGUUACUUGGAUCAGUUAUGGAAGAGGACAAAGACUCGAGUAAACCUCCCACAUUACCAGCAGAGUCUGGACAAGUCCCUGUAAAAGGAUCUCUGAUUACUCCAGAUACAUCAUCUUCAGCAAAUGAGAUAUCAUCACUUUCGAAAGAAAGUACAAAGCCAGAUAUUAAUACUAAUGAACCUAUUUCAGGGCAAAAAUGUUCAAAUGAUUGCAGUCCUGCAGAGUCGGAGUCUGAGACAGAUCAGAUGCCUGUUCUUGUGAAAGAGCAGACCCAUCCACAAAAGUUGGAACGGACAUGGGGAUCUCCAGCAAGAAAUACAUCCAGUUCUGAAACAUCAAAGGAACCUUUGCUAAUAAAAGAGGAAUCCAAGUGUGAAGAUGGCAAGUCAGUGCCAGAAAAAGCCCAAGAGAGGAGACCAGAUCAACCAUUCGAAAUGGAAUAUGAUGAUGAUGCCAUUAUGCCACAUCUUGAGCAGGUAGAUGUAACUCUUCCAGAAAAUAGGAUGGCAUCUACUUGUCAAGAAGCUCUGACCUUCAGUCAUAAUGAGGUAGAAACCCACUCACCAAAGCAAGUGCGAGAAGACACUCUCCAACAUACAGUUGAAGUCUCUGGGUUCUCUCAGGAGAGUCAUGAAGCUCACACACCCUUGCAGAAUCAUGUAGCCAUACCUUUGCAGACACAAGUUCCAUCUCCUACAGCAGUGGAUAUACAUACACAGCCAUGUUCAUCUGUUGACCAGUCAUAUUCAUCUGUAGAAGCACAUACAUCUUCAUCAGAUCAUACAGAGAUGCAGUCAAAUCCACAAACAUCACUUCCUUUGCAAGCUGAAUCCCAUACUCAUUUUCGCACCCAGGAGCCAGUCCAUGUACAAAGUCAUGGCCCCAUGACCAUGCACCCACAUGAUCACUCACAGAUACAAUCUUCAGGAUCAAUGCAAAGUCACAUACAGCCAACAUCUAUACAUAUGCCACCAGACCCAUCACAUACAUCAGUCUCAACAGUAAACAGUCAGUUCCUCACACCUGUGUACUCCUCAGCCCAUCCAGCCAAUCAGGGGCCACCAGCUUCAUUGCAGUCUUACCCUUCUGCAACAGUGCAUCCUCAUUCACAAAUUCCAGGUCAUUCAUCCCAACCAUUGCCUUCAAAAAGCCCCUCACCACUGUCACUGCCACAGAUUCCACCCACACAAGCUUCAUCAUUGGCCAAUAAUCAUACACCAGUGCAAAUUUCUUCUCAAAGUCACAUUGAAAAUGUGUCAAGAUAGAGAUUUACACCUACCAAUCAAAACCGUACAAAUUCAUAUUAGAGUUAGGUUUAAUAUUUGAGGUAGGCAAAAAUAUAGAACUAUUGUAAAUGUGAAAAUAUUGAAGUAUUUGUCCCUUUUUUUCUUCUUCCUUACUGUUUUGCACCACUGCUGAGGUUAAUCUGCCUUUGUAGGUGUCUAUUUUUCGUCCAGCUGCUGCAUAAUGACAAAGGCAUAGAAUAUCAUUGGAACGGGAGUCUGGCGAGAAUUUAGAUCAGUGAACAUAGCAUGUAUUAUGAUGCAUUGGCAUAAUGGCCAAAGUGCUUGCUACCUCAAUGCAAUUUCUUUUCUCCUCCAAGUUUUAACACCUGGAAUUGAUGUUACAUGCAUAGUUUUAUUUUGUGGCAUGUCCAUUUCAACUUCAAGUAAACGUAACUAAUAUAAGGAGUAAGAAAGAUGGGAAAUGGAUGGACAGUGAAAGUGAAAGUGUUUGAUCUGACCUAAACUAGCUUAUUUAGUUUGUGUUUAGAUGUGUGAAAUUAAGCAUAGUAAAUAGAGUAUUUAAUAGAGUGAAUAGUUUUAUGCUUUGGAAGUAAAAUCUGCAAGACCUAUCUUCCGUUUCAUAUUAAUAAGGAAGAAGUUUUGUGGACAUGUUGCCAAGGCCAAUGUUGCGCGUUUUGUAACAUUACUCCCAUUAUCUGAUCUCAUUGCUGGAAGUAGAUAUUUUUACCUUCCACAUUUCAAAAACUUUUGGUUUAUUUUUCCCAUUAUUAAGGCAGUGGAAGUCUGUUUUUGUUCAAAGAAUUUUUAAAAUUGCAGCAUUCGUGACUUAGUUUCUAUAUUGUUUGAUGCAAUUUAUCAGGUAAAUUGAAUUAGACAAUCAGGCCUUCCAAUCCUCUGGCUUAACCAUAUGAAACUGUCUGUUAUUGUAUUUCAGACACUAUACCAAGUGACUGGAGACUUCAUGGACUGAAUAAUAACCUCUUCCUUUUACGAUGUAUAUGUACCUGCAGUUCCCACGAUGAACCCUCAGAUCAUUCUCAGAAAUUGUACAUUUCCUUGUGUUAAAGAAAAACCUACAUAGGCUAAGAAUAUUUAUGGUUUUUCCUCAUCCGCAUCGUCCCAAGUUAAAGACAGAAAUUGGAAGAUUAACAAACGCUGUAAAGUUCCCAGAAAGUUAAUAAUGCUGGAUGGGGACAAAUCAUCGCUGUUUUUACAGCCACUGUUGUAUUUGAUUUGUUUUUUCUUUAGGAUAAUUAUUGGAGACAAAAAUAUAUCUUCUGGGUGUUCAAGAGUGUAGUGGCCAUGUGUUUGAAUAAGAUUGGUGGGGUCCGGAUGUCCUGUUAUGUGCAGCAAACAUGUGUCCUACAUGAAUACGUCAUUAUGUUUGAUUGAUAUUUUUUUCUACUCACUAAGUGUUAUGUUAUAGUUUGUCAUGGAUUUUUGUGUGAACCAAAAUUUAUUGAUAUCUAUUUUAUUAGAGCAGUAGGAUAUCAUGUACAUUGCAUUGUGUAUGAGCACCUUUGAAAGUGGUUAGUGUGUGCAGAAAUGAGCACGGAAGCUAGUUUGAUAUAAAAGCCAUCUUUAUAUGCAAGUGCAUUACUAAAGUAUUUCAAUAGUGAUUUGGCAAAAAAGAUCUUCCUUUGUUUUAAAAUCUCAAUUUAUAUUUCCAAGUUUAAGCCUUGUGUGUAUUUUGUUUCAUUUGUCCACGGCACUUCCCAGUUCAUUUUUGCAGCAAACGAAUGUAGAGAAUAAAGUAAAAAAAAAAAAGAAUAAAAAAUAAAAACAUAAAAAAACAUCAAUGAAUAAAUAAAAAUGAAUUUCGGAUUACAGUUGCACCUUACGAGGUUGGUUAUCAUAUGUCUCGCCCGCUCUCGUUAUGCUUAUUUCAACUUAAUCAUCAGUAAGGCUAGCUAAUGAUGAAGCAGAACCUCCAUGGAAAAUGAAUUGAAAGACUGUAGCUCAUCCCCAAAAUUGUACACUCGUGAGGUGUAGUGUACUGUAGUCCAUAUAAUUUAUUGUAUCACCUGACAAGAUCAUCACCAUACCCACAAACUUGUAAAUAGUUGAAAAACGAACUUGUCACGUCAUUUCAUUAAAAGAAUAACCCAUUUCA